AUGCCCAUCAAUCGAAUCCAUCCAGGCACAGCCAUGAGCAGCUCGUCGCUAAAGUUCUAUCUGAUAUGUCUGCUCGUUAUCUGCGUGAUCGGAUGGAGUGCAGGAAUUCCCAGUUCGGAACUUUCGAGGCAGGAACUCGAGGAGCGCUAUCGACAAACACCGCCGGUUCCGGAUGAACGAGAUGCCGAUGCCGAAGUGGAUAGUGCCUACGAUCGGUUUACACCAAGACCUCGAAGUCCGGAUAUGAAGGGCUAGACGAGAGACCCGACUGCAAUCGAUUUGUGUUCUAUUUGCAGUGGCACUUUCAGGGUUAUGGCUAUAUAGUUCUAAGCUUAGGCAAAAAUGUACAAGCGUAAAAUAAAGCAAUUACUUUGGUGAAACGUGCG